UGAUGCACCGCGCGGUGCACGCUAGCUCUUAGCUGCUAAGCAAACGUUGGAGCAGGCAGGCGCAAGCAAUGUUUAUUUGACCACUGUAGUUCAAAAUCUUUGAAAAUGAGUUCUUCAGACGAAACGUGUAAAGGCACGAAACGACCCGCAUCUCCAGAUAAACCAGGAGCCACACAAUGGGGAUCAGCAGAUUUAGGGACAGAUGAAAGGAAGCAGAAGUUUUUGAGACUGAUGGGAGCAGGAAAGAAAGAACACACUGGACGUCUUGUUAUUGGGGAUCACAAGUCAACGUCCCAUUUCCGCAGCGGGGCAGAGGAUCGGAAGAUUAACGCUGAGCUUGAGCACCAGUAUCAACAGGGUAUGGAUGGGAAGUUAUCAGGGAGGAACAGGAGACACUGUGGCCUGGGGUUUAGCGAGCCCGAUCCACCUGCUGAGAGUGUGAGCGCCGCUGUGCCCGAGAUGUCAGAGAGUUCAGAAAAAGCCCCUGAACAACCAUCAGAACCACACAAGGACGAGAAAACACCUUUACCUGACACAGAGCACAAGAAAGAGGAACAGCACACAGACUCAAAGGAGGACAAGAAAAAGACUUUUAAAAUGGCGUUUGUAAAAUCCACAUAAAUGGCAUUGCCUUUGUUGUAUUUUCUCGAUUUCCUACAGUGUUUUCCGAGAGCACAUUUUUAUUUCCUUUAAAAUUGGAAAAUUGUGUUUCAAUUUUAAAUGUGAUUAUGUCUGUUAUCAAAUAAUUUGGACUUGCCUGGUCUUGUUGAGAACUGUUUCUUCUCUACAAAUUUAAGGCAUAGUUCAUAGAAGAAAUGAAUUGAUCUGGUCUCAGACUACUCAGCUCUUAUGAUUUCAUAUAAACAUGAGAGUGAACAGAUGACAAUUUUUACUGAACUAUUGAAGCAGGAUCGAACUAUCAAGACAGUGAGGUACAGUCAUUUGCAGACAAUGUCAAUUGUGUGUAUUAAAACCUGUGGCAAGACAUCAAUAAAAAGUAAAACUUC